UGCAGGCACCAGAAGUUAUAAGCAGUUGACGUAAGGAACAGUGUGAUCUCCCCCUGAGGCUGGCUCUCAGGACAACAAUCUUCACAGAGUUCUUCCAGCCUGUGUGUGUGAGACUGAGACUCUGGGAAACUUCCAUCGACUCAUGAGUGAAGUUUUCCCCUUGUUUCUAUGAGUUGAUAUUGAGGUGUGUCAGAACUACCUGGAUUCUAAACAUUGAUCACCAGGACGAGCUUCAGCGCGGAUUCUUUGUGUUUGAGCGAAACAUUUUGAUUGUGGUUAGGGUAGCAAUAUAUGUAGAAUAGCUUCAAGGGCGUUUUGUCGUGAAGGGAAAUGUAUGAGCUGAGAAGUUUUCUGUAAGUUUCCCCUUCCUAGUGUUUGGAGGACAAAAAAGUACUUAUAGAUCUACUGACAAAGACAGUAAAGCUGUUAGCUCAGGACACUUGUAUUGGCUAAAGGGAGCCAUACAUUUAGCCUUCUAUCUGAGGAAAAUAAUUAUACCCUGGAAACCAGUCUUCGGUGAACAGAAAUAGAUCUUACUGCCUGCUGUAGAAAUAAAGGAACCAUUGACGCUAGUGAUUAACAGAUUAAUUCAGGUGUGAAAGAUCCCUUCUGCUUCUGGAUAUAUGUUCCUACUCACAUUUUAAAAGUCAUGGAAUGAACAUGAUAACGAAAGAGGGAAUUAGACCUAGUGAAUUUCAAAGGAGCAGUUCUGCCAAAAAAUAACAGGCAAACCUGACCUGUACACUCUGAGGAUACCUGAGGUGGUUCUUGUCUUCACUAAACUGAUACCACGCCAGACAAACCAAGAUGCCGUCUGCCAUGAAUGACGUCAUCUGCACCUGUCUGACCCGCGUGUACGCUGACCACGCCUCCCGCACUGACCGCCUCACGUGCAAGCUCGAGCACGCGCUCCCCAUUAGACAGUCGUUCUUCAAACUCAAGCGGGUGCCGCACUUCCAGACACGAGAUGACCUUCAUACUGACCACACGCCAGCCUAUAACCCGAUUUACAGGUUGGAGAAUGCAUCUCUGGAGUCGUUGUCUCAGAAGAGCAAGGCAGGAUGUCGCCGUGUGCUCAUCGAGGGGGACCUGGGCACGGGGAAGACGCUGGUGUGUCAAAGGCUGCUCCAUGAAUGGGCCAAGGCCAUGCAGUUUUUCAGGAACGUGAAGAUUGACCAACCAUGUAUUACGGUAGCCAUUGACUCGGAAGUAGAGGAAGCUGCAGCCAGUUCACGUCCUGACCCCGAUCAGACACAACAGGAAGAAACAGAUCCGAAUCUAGAUGAAGAGGUAGCAAAAGAUAUCCGAAGACCAAAAAGAGAAUGGAACCUUGGAGCUAUAGACACAAGCACAAGUAGCGAAGCUACUGGAAAUGGUGAUGGGCUUUCUUUGCCUGAGGGUAUGAGCCGAAGCAAAAGUCAUGACGCCAACUUAAGCAAUCCUAAGGACACUAAACUGAACAAAGGUGAAAGUUCAGAAGUAAAAACCCAAACCUCUGCUGAUGGGGAGGACAAACGAACAACGCAUGAACAGAAUAACCGAUCAAGAAAGUCACGAUUUGACGAACUAAAGGAGAAGAACUCAGGCAAUGAGUUGAACGCGACUGGUGGGGAUGGGUCUUCCACAGGGAAAAAGAGCGUUCGUAAGGGAAGUAGGAGUAGAAGUAGUGGAGACGCCGAGACAGAAAGCAAAACUCGGAAACGAGAAAAAGGCAAAUACGACGGCAUACCACAAAAAUAUCUGUCUUUGCUGAACAUCGCUUCUCCGGGGGAGGGAAGUUUCGAAUCUCCGGGUGUGGCAAAGUCGAGAACUUUCCGCGAGCCACGACGUCAGAGGCCGUCCCGGCUGACCAGUAACUUGACGGACUACAAAGCCAUGAUCUACGUGCCCUGUGUCCGGCUGGCGCUCAGCGAGUUACUCACCCGUUGUAACAACUCUCGGGUCCGACAUUAUUACGUAGCCACGUCUGUGCUACUCGAUUUACUCACGUUAAGCGACGUGCCACAUCAUCCUCUAUCUUUCGACGCCGUUUACCACUGGGUGCUCGCUAACCGCGAUGAUAUAUGCAUCAUUUUCGACAACGUGGACGGAUCGGAGGCUUGGGAGAGGCUCAUAUCCGACGCGUUUCACGACCGAGACGGAUUCGGCAAAAUGAUUGCGGCAGCAACACCGGGACGGAUCUCCAAACGCGACGUGGACUCGCUCUUCUAUUGCUACGGUCUUUCACCGGACUACAGCUCUCGAGUCCUUCUCUCGAGACUACGUUCCGAAGCGCCAACAGUCGAAAACAGAAUAUCUUUUCUUCUCAACUCAAGCCACACACAAGAACUACUCUGCAAUCCGCUGAGUCUGUCUCUACUUUCCGCAUAUUUUCGGAGCGUCAAAGAUGAUGAUAACAUCCCCGAACAUUUAUCGGAGCUUCUGGAACACCUCAUCCAUCACGCCAUGGCGCACGAGACCAACACAACCCAGAAGGUUGUAGAUAAAGCUAACAAAGGUCGCAGGCGGCGUUUCUCCUUGCUCAAUGUGUGCGAGACUGUCGCCUUUGAGUGUCUUGAGAAUGACACGAACUACUUCUCAAAGCAGAAGUUUCCCCAGCAGUUCUGGACGCGACAUUUAUGCGACUGUCGUCUGCUUCACGAAGUGCACGAGAUCGCUAACUUCGGGUCCAUCCACGAGCGUCCUCCCUCUCCGGUGCUCAUGAACCCUUGCAUCACACCGGACAGCGACUCUGUGCACAGCAGUGCAUCAUCCAACUUUGACAUCAACAUGUCCUCUGACGUCAGCUCUAGCAACCAGAGCCUAGCGUCCGCCGGAGACCACGAGAAAACCGACCCCGCAACGGAUGCAUCCGGAAACUCGUCGUCAGGCGCGCUUCUUCAGGUUCCGUCUCUAAAAAGCUCGGACAACAUAAAAAAAGCCAACGAGAGACCAAAAACUCUGUCUCUGGAGAUCAAGAAACCAAGUAUCUCUCCGCGGCCAUCCUUAAGCCAAACAAGCCAAACCAGCGGCGAGAUCGUGUCCUUCACGAGCCGUUGCAUCAGGGACUACCUGGCGUCAAACCGCGUGUGCCGCUACCUGCAGUCGGACCGAGAUUCGGAGGGCUUCGUCCAACGCCUUAUCGCCAAGCCGCAGUUCUACCCCGUCCUCCGACUGACUGUGCGCAGUCUCUACGUCCUCGAGAGGUCUGACCUCAUCCUCAACCUACUGGACAUGUUGCUGACGUCAAAUGAGAUGACCUCCCACAAUCCUUUCGCUGUGGGCAUGCCCUCCCCACCCAGAGGUCCGUCCCCUGUCCUGGGCCCGGAGCCGCGGAUGCGUAUUCCCCAUAGAUACCUUGAAGACUACAAAGAACCUUUGAUCUGGCUAGCAGAGACAGACAACAGUGAACCAUACAUUGGUGCUGUGUGCAACCGCUUCCCGGACACGCUCGUCAUCUCCUACCAAGAUUGCCCAUCUGAGACCAUCGAGCACUUCAUCUGCCUCACUCGCCGCAGCUCGCCAGCGGUCAAGAAAGUCGUUCUGUACAUGUCCGGCUUCUACACACAGUGGGACUUGGGUCUGCGCCUAGCAGAAGCGCUGCUGGAGCUGAAGAACCUGUCUGUGUUACACAUCAGCAUGAAGUGUGUUGUGGAGACGUCCUUCCUCGUGGACUUUGUCUGUGAGUGUUUCGAGAAGAACGACCACGUGGAGACGCUAUGUUUAGAGGGACCCAUGAAUGUAGCUGAGAACCUCUCAUCGGCGGAGCAUAAGCGAGUGCAGCGCGUGUUUCGUGACCCCCGUGUACAAAUGAAGGCGUUGGUGUUGGAUCACUUCAGCUACCACCACAGGGUGGGCUACCUCCUCGACUGCUGGCCGGACAUUCUGGAGAAACUGCAGAUUAAAAAAUGUAACAUCGACAACGUGUCCGAGAAGAUCAACCAGAAAAUUUCUCGGUGCCCAGAUCUGGCUUGUCUCACUCUGGACAACUGCUUCGUGCCAAUCAGCACACUGCUGAACAUCGUGCGUCACGUAAGAGACCACGCCCACUCUCUGAAACUGACCACUCUUGAGUUCACCUUCCUCUCCUCUGCAAGGAAGUUUAACAAAGGCGAUGUUAAAAAGUCAGUAUUCAAGUCAGCGAUUUCCCCAGAAGUGUGUGAGACUCUGGCGAGUGUAGUCCAAACGUCAACCACCAUCAAGCACUUGCUGCUCAGCUACAACAGCUUGACCGACGAUAAAGCCCGCGUCCUCCUACAUGCCACGAUGCAGGCUCCUUCCCUGGUCACGCUUGACCUGACCGGCAAUCUCAUCACCAAUGACGUGGAGGAUGACGUCAUUUUACUCUUGAACAAAGCCACGCAACUCACGUCGCUGCUUCUCGGGGACAACGGCAUUUGCAAGCAGACCCGUAGUGCCAUCAUCAGAGAGUCCCUGACCCGCCACGACCUCCGCCUCAGUCUUUGAUGGAGCGGCUGUCAAACGCAAUUAUUCUCCUCUGUUAGUAUCAUGCUGAGACUGUUUUCAGAGGACCGCGGUUCGGAUUCCCAAUCUGACUCCUAUGUACUUCAUUAUUUUGGAAAGUUUUCAAGGUUUUCAUGCAACUUGGUGGGGGUUGUGUUGGAAAAUUAAUGGACGAUAGCUUUGGAGGUUUUGCCUCAUGAAUUACCCUUGCAUUGUUUUUUGUUUUAUGAAGAGUUCUACAGCUCUUGCAAAACAAAUAAAUUCCGGAGAUAAGAGGUGUUACAAGAGAGUAACAUGCAAGGAAAA